GGAUGUGGCGACAUGGCGAUCAGCGAUCUGAUCUGUCUGGUUAUUAUAAAAACUCCUCAAGAAACAAAAACUUUAUUAAAUAUAUUAUUAUUCAAGGUCGUAGGCAGUCAUAGUUGUCGUAGUACCAACGAGGUAGCGUAGUACGCACGACGCACAGCAGCAAAGAGCAGUUACAGUAUCUAGUCAAGCUGCCUAGUCAACUCCAAGCCAUGCCAAGCACAUCCAACGACAAAAACAAAGCGUUUGAGUGUGGGGGGCGGCGUGAUCACCCGAAAAGUGGGAUUCUGUCCAAACUAGUCAUUAAUUCGCCUAGUUCGAGAGCAUCAGUUGGGAUCGGUGCACGAGUAGAUUCAAGAUGAGGCGCACACUGGUCACCUUUUGCGCCGUCGCCACGAGCCUGUGGGGCGUCGUGCGGAGCUCGGACUUGUACAAAGACAACGUCGUGAAGUACGACGAAGCGGCCUUUCAGGAGGCCGUCGGCAAGUCCGCCCACUUCGUCAAGUUCUUCGCGCCGUGGUGUGGCCACUGUAAGAGGCUAGCACCGACCUGGGACGAACUGGCCGAGAAGUACAACGAGGCGAAGGAGGAGAGCAAGGUGACCAUCGCUAAGGUGGACUGUACCGUGGACACAACCCUCUGUGCUGACCAAGGCAUCACGAGUUACCCAACGCUCAAGUUUUUCAAGGAAGGCUCGAAGGAAGGCGUCAAGUACCGGGGUCCCCGGGACCUGAUUUCGCUCGAAGCUUUCAUUGCAGAGAGCUUGGGCCAGGAGCAGCCGGAGGUGGCGAAGCCCGUGCCGGCGGCUCCCGUGCCGGUCAGCGGCCUGGUGGAGGUGACGGACGGCACGUUCCGGGCGGUGCUGGGCCAGGGGCGCCACUUUGUCAAGUUCUACGCCCCCUGGUGCGGCCACUGCCAGAAGCUGGCCCCCGUCUGGGCGGACCUGGCCGCCUCCCUGGAGCACGACCCUUCUCUCAAGGUCGCCAAGGUCGACUGCACUGCCAACCGCCUCGUCUGCAACGAGUUUGAAGUGAAGGCCUACCCGACUCUGCUCUGGAUUGAGCAGGGAAAGCUGGUGGAGAAGUACCAGGGUGGUCGUUCCCACGAGGAGCUCAAGGAGUUUGUGAGCCGCAUGACGCAGCGGGGGACCCCGACUCCCCAGGAGGGCUCCCAGGAAGGGCAGCAGGAGACUCAGCAGGAGGCCCCACCCCCAGUGAUGGAGCUGUCGGCAUCCAACUUCGAAGGUGUGGUGGCUCAAGGCGUGACCUUCGUCAAGUUCUUUGCCCCCUGGUGCGGCCACUGCAAGCGGCUGGCGCCGACCUGGGACGACCUGGCGCGCAAGUUUGCAGCCCGGACAGAGGUGAAAAUUGCCAAGGUGGACUGCACCGUCUACGAAGCCCUCUGCAACAGCCACGAGGUGCAGGGCUACCCGACGCUGGUCCUCUUCAAGGACGGCAAGAGAGCGGCUGAGUUCAACGGCGCCCGGGACUUGGAGGCCCUGCACGAGUUUGUGGAGGUGCAUCUAGGACGCCACGACGAGUUGUAGCCUGCUCCGGAGGACUGACUACGGAGCGCCGCGGCUUCGCCGAGCGGUCAGAGCGGCGGAGCUGGGCUUUUGCCGACACCUUCCGGCAUGAGGUCCUCCCGGAUCUCGGUUGUUCAGUGACGCUCCCUCUGUGGAGUCGGUCAUCGUCCACGUGUGGGAAGGGUCGGGUGUGACGUCCUCACGGCGGAAGUGCCGACUCCUCUUGUCGGCGUGCAAAUCCGUCUAGCAGCAAAGUCUGACUGGCGUAGCAACAGCUCUGACUGGACUUCCGUCGGUCCCCAGUUGGGGAAGGUGCAGCGCCCACUUGUUUCAAGCGAGCACAUCUUUGUACUUGUUCUUCCAAUUUUGUGCCCUAGGCACGGGUCUGAUAUUUGGAUGAAUGGAUAAAUAAAUGGUCUUUAAUA